UAAUUACCUGCCGUAUAUAAACCUUGUAUACACUACGUGCCCAACAGAGCACUUGGCAAGUCUGCCUGAAAAGCCUGGAAGAUCAGCCUGCCGUUUGCCGCUUCAGUAUCAUAGAAGCUGGUUUCAGCACCGCGGACAGCUCUACUGGUGAUGGAGCAACCACAGUGCUCUAUCAAAAUGAAAACAGAAGAAAUCGAUGUGGCGGAGCUGCAGGAAAUGUACAAGAAGUUUGUAGUGGAAUGUCCGAGCGGGACAUUGUUCUUACACGAAUUCAAGAGGUUUUUCGGCAUUAACCCGAACUGUGAUGCUUCGGAAUACGCAGACAGUAUGUUCAGAGCCUUCGACAAAAAUGGGGACAAUACCAUCGAUUUCUUGGAAUAUGUAGCCGCCUUGAAUCUUGUAUUAAGAGGCAAACUGGAACACAAACUCAGGUGGUCCUUCAAAGUCUAUGAUAAGGACGGAAACGGAUGUGUGGACAAGAGUGAGCUUCGUGAGAUUAUUCAGGCGAUUUAUAAACUGAAAAAGAACUCCAGACAAGACAAGGCAACUCAGUUCCUAACACCAGAUGAAGUCUGUGAAAGAAUAUUUCAAAUAGUGGAUGCGAAUGGAGAUGGGCAGCUUACACUGGAUGAGUUCAUUGAAGGAGCGAGGAAAGACAAAUGGGUUCUGACAAUGCUGCAGUUGGACAUAAAUCCUUAUGGCUGGGUUCUUGAACAGAGGAGAAAGAGUGCCAUGUUUUGACUUGAUUUUUCUGAGUUACAGUAUGUGUUUGCAGGUCCUGCUUUGUGAUUUACAGUACAUUUACUUACAUCCAAGACUUCCUUUAUAAAAAUAAACGAUAAUCUCCCUAGAAAUCCCAUUUUAUCUCUCCUAAAAUGUUGGUACUGUGUAACCAAUCUUCUUUUGAAGUUUUUAGUUGUAAGAAAAGAAACUGUGUGCUCAGAGUUUGUCUUUUUAUAGAAUGUGGAUUUUUCACCCAUCAGGAAAUUCCUUUUCAGUUUGCUCUUGAUUAAAAACUUAAUUGUUGCCAGUUUUGAUACGUCCCCCAGUCUUUUUAAAAUUCUAAAUGUUCUACAUUUACAAAAUAAAUUGUAGUAUUUAUUUAGCCCCAUACAGACUCCUUCUGCGUAAAUAAUGUUGUUACGAGCUGGAUUUAAAUAAAAUAAGUGAUGCUAAUUUUUUAAAUUAUUAACUAUUGUAACAAAAGGUUUUAUACCUGAUAUGUUUGUUAAUAUUGUUUUUGUACAAAAUAAAAAGUAUUGUUUUCAUA